UUUACACACAUCAGAGAUCUCACACUGGGGAGAAGCCUUUUUCCUGUCCUGAGUGCGGAAAAUGUUUUUCAUUAAAGUCUAGUCUUUCUAUACAUCAGAGAUGUCACACGGGUGAGAAACCAUAUUCGUGUUCUGAAUGUGAGAAAAGUUUUGCAGCAAGUUCAGACCUUGCCAAACAUCGGAAGUCUCACAUGGAGGUGAAGCCAUUCUACUGUUCUGUGUGCGGGAAAUGUUUUUCAUUGAAGUUCAGUCUUGCUUUACAUCAGAAAUUGCACACGGGUGAGAAGCCGUAUUCCUGUUUUGAGUGCGGGAAAUGUUUUGCAGUAAAAUCACGCCUUGUCAAACAUCAGAAGUCUCACAUAGAGGAGAAGCCAUUUUCCUGUUCUGUGUGCGGGAAAUGUUUUGCAGUAAAAUCAGACCUUAUCACACAUCAGAGGUCUCACACCGAGCAGAAGCAAUUUUCCUGCUCUGAGUGCGGAAAAUGCUUUUCAUUGAAGUUCAGUCUUUUUAGACAUCAGAAAUCGCACACCGGUGAGAAACCGCAUUCCUGUUCUGAGUGCGGGAAAUGUUUUGCAAUAAAAUCAGACCUUGUCACACAUCAGAGGUCUCAUAUGGGGGAGAAGCAAUUUUCCUGUUCCGAGUGCGGGAAAUGUUUUUCACAGAAGUCCAGUCUAUAUAGACACCAGAGAUUGCACACGGGGGAGAAGCCGUAUCCUCCCCCUCCUGCACCGUCACACUGGACAAGUCUGGAUAAGACACAAUGA